AUGGCCACCCUCUUCCGGGGUCUUCUUCUUCUGUUCACUCUUUCAGAUUCGUUUGGUAGAAUUUGCAGUCUCGGAGUUGGAAUUAAUUAUGGCCAGAUUGCGAAUAAUCUUCCCUCACCAUCCCGCGUUGCAUAUCUCCUUAGAUCUCUCAACAUAAGUAGAGUAAAACUUUAUGACGCUGAUCCAAAUGUGUUAACUGCAUUUGCCAAUUCUGAGGUGGAAUUCGUCAUAGGUCUCGGGAAUGAAUAUCUUGAGAACAUGACAGAUCCAGUUAAAGCUCAAACUUGGAUUCAACAGCAUGUUCAACCUUACAUUUCCCUGACUAAGAUCACGUGUAUCACUGUCGGGAACGAGGUUCUAACAGGCAACGAUACUCAGUUAAUGUCUUAUCUCUUCCCGGCAAUGCAGACGGUCUAUGAGGCAAUUAACAAUCUCGGGCUAAGUAAGGAGGUGUACGUCACAACUGCUCAUUCAAUUGGAAUCUUGGGUAAUUCCUUCCCACCUUCCGCAGGCACAUUCCGGCCGGAUCUUGCUGAGUACAUCCAGCCUAUAAUCAAUUUCCAUUCACAGACUAACUCACCGUUCCUUAUAAAUGCAUAUCCCUUUUUUGCGUACAAAGAUAAUCCUGGUCAGGUUUCACUAGAGUACGUUCUUUUCCAGCCUAAUCCAGGAACAAUGGAUCCAAUUACCAAUUUGAAAUAUGAUAAUAUGUUAUAUGCACAAAUUGAUGCUGUUUACUCAGCUAUAAAAGCAAUGGGCCAUACCGAUGUACAAGUUAAAAUUUCAGAGACGGGAUGGCCAUCAAAGGGGGAUCUGAAUGAGGUAGGAGCAACACCACAGAAUGCUAAACUAUAUAAUAGUAACCUGCUGAGUCGGCUGCAGCAAAACGAAGGUACUCCAGCAAAACCAUCCGUGCCGGUCGACAUCUAUGUUUUUGCACUUUUUAAUGAGAAUCUAAAGCCUGGUCCAGCAUCUGAGAGAAAUUACGGACUCUAUUAUCCUGAUGGUACUCCAGUUUAUGAUAUUGGGUUACGAGGCUUUCUUCCACGCAUGGCUUAUUCGGCUUCCUGGAAAAAGGAAUUAUCUUUCUUUGGAGAUUUUAGCGGGAGUCAAAUUGAAGCUUUCAUUCACUACCACUCAAUUCAUCAGUUGGGAUAUAUAGCUUAUAGAUACAAGAAUUUGGUAGACGACGUUGAUUGCGUAUGGUGCCGCUAUUGGUGGGCGAGCUCUGGUCGUGUGGUUUGGGAUGGGGAUAGGGUGGGUUAG